AUGAAGUCCCUUAUUGUUAUCCUCUGUUACAUGGCUCUUGUAGAAGCCUUCAGACAGCAAUCUGUAGGUAUUAAAGGGAAGCUGCUGUGUGGGAAAGUCCCUCUCAAGGAUACCCAGGUCAAAUUGUGGAAUAAGAACAAGCUCGGUGAGUAAUAUUUCCUUAGAUUGUAAUUGUAAUCUCAGGCACUGACGAUCAAUUGGCCGCUGGAAAAACCGAUGCUCAAGGCAAUUUUGAACUCCAAGGCGGAGUAGGUAGUAUGUUUGGUAUGAAUGUCCACUUCAAAGUAUACCAUGACUGCGACGAUGGAGCUGUGGUAAGUUCAUUUAAGUAGAGUAGAAUAAUAUCCGAUUAGCCAUGUCAAAGAAAAGUAAACCUGGGUAUUCCCGACCAAUAUGUGACCAGAACGGAGAAAGUGGACAAGUGGUUCGACGCUGGCACAAUAAACAUGGAGUUCAAAGUAAGUUAAGAAGCCUGCUUGACUAAUGCCUUAGGCGCUGUGGUAGGUAACCUGUGUUCUUUUAACAGACAGCUGAUUAAUUAACUCGUUCUAAAUUUUAUUUUCAAAGAACGUUCACGUGAUUUUGCAUAUAAAACUUCUGGAUCUGUUUCGAUUAACGUGACUCUUCUAUGUAUGACUAUUCCCGUGAUAAUCCAUAGCCUAAGGCUGGAUUACAGAUGAUUAAUUGGAUUAAUUGCAGUUCCCUGACGAAGAGCGAAGUUGCAUCAAUUAA